UUUCAGUGUGUAAAGUGUAGUAGGAAACAAGAAUACGGAGAGAGAGAAAUAGAAGACAAGUCACUUGCCAUUUUUCAAUUAUUGAGAAUCGAUUCUUUAAAUCAUGAGGCAAUCUAUUUUACUUAUUCUAUUUGGAGUCGCAUUUUGCCAGAAAAAGAAUCAAUGGAAUAGUGAAACUGCAGAUCAGCGACUAGAUGACGUCAUAACGAACGAGUUUAAGGCCAGAGAUAUGGAUCACAAUGGCUUGGUGACGACAAAAGAAAUACGAGAAUAUUAUGAAAGUCAUCCGAAUAAAAUGAGCAAAGAAGGCAUUGAAUUUAUCGAUAGAAACUUUCACAGUGGAGGGGCUGUUGAUGUGGAUGGAUACCGCAAGCUGAUAAAGAACUGGUUAACUGAAAAAGGAAGUGUCGAGAAAAUUCUCGUGGGUGUUUUCGGUAAUAAAACAAAACCUGCUUCAACAAAUAACGUUGGACGUGCGACAACAGUGUCUACAUGAAUGCACUAAAUUUAUUGACUUUCUUUGAUUAUGAAACAAGACCAGACUGAACAUGUUGUAGACCACAGAAUAAAUGUAAUAAAUACGAAUUAUCUCCAAAAA